ACGCGCCAGCGCGCAGACAUGGAGGAGCUGCGUAGAAUUCCGCUAAGCGACCCUGAUGCUCUGCUGCCUGCAGGCUUCUGGGCCGCCGUGACCGUGUGGCUGGAGAGGCCACAGGUGGCCAACAAGAGGCUGUGCGGCGCCCGCAUGGAAGCCCGCGGGAGAACUUUGCGGCCCGGCGCUCAAGCGGAGUGUGGACCGCGGCAGGGACAGGGACACGGGCUGGAGAUGGAAUCCGGACAGACUUCUCCCGAAGGAGAGCCAGAGUUGGGGCUUAGGGCGGGCCUCGAAGGCACCGCUCCCGCAGCUGACCUGAACUCGCUAUGGGACCGAGUCUCUCAAAGCCUCGUCCACGCCAAUCCGGAAAUGCUGGCCUUCCUCUAUGGCCCCUCGUUGGGUUCUCAGCCUGAAGCCACGCAGGACCUCGACCUGGUUCUCAGAACUGUUAUCCCGAAAGCGAGCCCGCACUUCCCCCUUACAGAGCCUAAGAAAGAACUGGUGGUGCAAGAUGUCUCUAGUGGGAGUGUCACCUUUUUGCCCUUGGAAGAAGAUAAUGAGGGGAAUUUGAAGGUUAAAAUGAGCAACGUGUAUCAGCUCCGUCUCCACCACAGGGAAGGAGAAUGGUUCAUAUCUGUUUUAAUUUUCUGUCCAGAGAGGUGGCAUUCAGAUGGUGUUAUCUAUCCUAAGCCUGCCUGGCUAGGAGAAGAACUGCUGUCCAAGCUGGCCAGGUGGGCAGUGGAGAACAGGAAGAGUGAGUUUAAAAGCACACUUUCCUUGGUGUCCAUCCAGCGCUAUAGCAGGAUGUACCAGAAGCUCAAAGAGAAGUACAGAGACAUGGUAAAGGUUUGGCCUGAAGUAACAGAUCCUGAAAAGUUUGUCUAUGAAGACGUGGCCAUCGCUACAUACCUGCUGAUCCUAUGGGAAGAGGAAAGGACUGAGAAGGGAGUCACCACCAAGCAGUCGUUCGUGGACUUGGGAUGUGGAAAUGGCCUUCUGGUCCACAUCCUGAGCAACGAGGGGCAUCCAGGCAGAGGGAUUGAUAUCCGAAGAAGAAAAAUCUGGGGCAUGUAUGGACCCCAAACUCAGCUGGAGGAAGGUUCCAUCACUCCGAGUGACACGACCCUGUUCCCUGGUGUUGAUUGGCUGAUUGGUAACCAUUCUGAUGAGCUCACCCCCUGGAUCCCUGUCAUUGCAGCCAGGUCUUCCUACACCUGCCGGUUCUUCGUCCUGCCCUGCUGUUUUUUUGAUUUUGUGGGGCGAUACCAGCGGCGACAGAGCAGGAAGACACAAUACCGGGAGUACCUGGACUUUGUGCUGGAGGUGGGGCUCUCUUGUGGCUUCCAUGUGCAGGAGGAUUGCCUCAGGAUUCCUUCUACCAAGCGGGUCUGCCUCAUUGGGAAAUCCAGAACAUAUCCGCCUUCUGCAGAGGUCUGGAUGGAUGAGCAGAGAACACGAUACCUCCACAGCAGACAGGGCCAUCCACAGAGCCCACCUGGUGGGGAACAUGCACCUUCUGCACCCCAGACUGCUGCUCACGAUGCUGGUCUCCAGGACAGUCACAGGACCUUUGAUGCUGGGGCUGAGUGCCUGCUGGAGGGCCUGGCUGCUGGGCGAGCAGCAGGAGCCCCAGCCCCAGGACUCUGGAUGCCUGGGUUCUGCCCUAGAGAAAAGGCCGAGCGUGUGAGGAAUUGUGCUUCCCUCCCUCGAGACUUCAUUGACCAGGUGGUUUUACAGGUGGCAAACUUGCUGUUAGAUGGAAAGAAGUGCAACACGGGAAACUCUGACGCGAGGAAUCUGAAGACCUGGAAUGGAGGAGGGAGCCUUUCCUUGGCAGAAGUGGCUGCAGAACUAAGCUCAGAGACGCUGCAGCGGCUGAAGCGGGAGUGUGGUGGCCUACAGACUCUGCUCAGGAAUAGGCAUCAGGUGUUUGAAGUUCUGAAUGGGCGAGUUCACAUCCGUGACUGGCGGCAGGAGCUGCAGAGGGAAAAGCCUCCAGAAGCCAAGCGGAGCCUGUCUGCAGAGGUGUUCAAGACUCGAAUCUGCUGGUUCUUCACUCACCAUCCUGAUGGCUGUGUGCUGCCUGCUGCCCGUUGCCCCUUUGCCCAUGGGCCCGAAGAGCUGCGCCUGUCUCAGACCUUGAAGAAGCAGAGGCAGGCUCCCUGAGUCACCUCUUCAGUGUUCUCUAGCUGUUGGAUCAGUGACUCUCCUGCCUGUUUCCGUUGUCCUGAUGACUUCAUGUUGGGGCUGGGUGGUAUGUAUAGCCACUGUCAGUCACUGGUAUGUGUCUGCAGGCUGUGGAGCCUGCUCAGCCCUUUUUGGACUGUUCUGAUGCCAGAGCCACCAUGUCAGCCUCAGGUGACCUUCUCAUUCUCAGGGCUGUGUGACCCAGGUCUCCUCUGCCAAGGAGCUCUCCUCAGACUGGUCACAAGAUCCCUGAAAACAGGCACAGGGCCUUUUGAGGUUUUUAUCAGAGUCCUACAGAAAACAGCUUCCAGAGUCAUACAUGGUCACCUGGUGUUCGAGGCAUGACUCAGAGUAAGCUUAGCCUGCCUCUGCCUUAUCCUUCUCUUUAGAACCUGCUCCCCAGAGGUAUUGGACGGUUUUUUUCUUUCAGGAAAAAUGAUUUCCAUUUAAAUUUGUUUUCAGUCUUACACAAAGCACUCACAACACCUCAACUGAAUGUCCUGGGGACCAUUCUCUGAAACCUCAUGUGGUAGAAGUAUUUCUGGUAACUAACCUGGUGUCAUCUGAGUGGUGAGAAUAAAGUCAUUUAUUC